AUGGCUGGCCACGGACCCUCUACUGUUAACCACGAUGCUGCUAUCGAGAGAUGGUAUGCUAUGCGCGAGAACCUUGCUGAUAACUUCAAGUUCAACCGCAAGUCUGGUCGCUUUGUGUUUCUUGCCCUGGGACUUGUUCCUGCCAUUAUGUUCUACGGUGCUUACAAGUUUGCAGGCCAACUCGACUUUACUGCUAAGCGACGAAACCAGUCCAUCUGGAGAAACUAA